CGCCGAGUGAUGGCGAAGCGUGUCUGCACGGAGGAUGCUUUGGCGGCCUCCUCGGCCGCCUCCCACACGUCGCAAAGCCGCUUCCCCGACGUCCUUGGUGAGGCGGGCAUUGUUCUGGCGGACUUCACGACUGCACCGGACCUGUACGCCUUCAGACGGACCUCACGCGCGGCCACACACCAGCUGAGUGCCAACUACCUCGUCCAGCGCAUCAGCCGGUGCUCACCGACCAGCAGCCGUGUGAGGCCGGCGGACGUGCAGCGUGUGGGGUCCAAGGCGGUGCUUGACGGCCGGGCGGACAGCCUCAAGCAGUACAGCCUCUUCGGCCACCUGCUGGGGCAACAUGAAGUGAUAGCCCUCCGCCAGAUCGACGGCAUCGAGCAGCUGGGUGAGACACUGGUGACUGUCUACACACAGCAGACGCUCCCCGUCAACCAUGAGUUCAUCGGUUCAUUUGACCCAACAGAUCCUGUCGUGAGAGGUGAGGGACCGCGAAUGCAUGCAAGUGGCAUGGCAGAACAGGGGAUGCCAAAUUGUGUGCUAUGGUGUGUGUUCCGUUCCCUUCAGCGAACAACGAGGUGGAUUACAUGAGUUUCCGACAGCUGGCCAUCACGCGGUAAGUAAGGCGACACGACCCAUGGAAGCCACUUGUACACAUGUGGAUGAUCCGUCUGUGUGCCUUUGCCUAGUUUUCCGUCCCAGGAGCGGAGGAUGUGUUAUCGCAGCAUCCGGCAAGGCCUAUACGCUCAGUUUCGGCACAUGUUGCGGCGAGCUGCCGAUCUGCUGACACAAGUAGGCCAACUACCGAGAUCAACUGCUAUGUCGGGGGUGCCUGUCUCUUCUCAUCGUUGCAGGCCGCCAUUCCCUGGGGCCGUCAGAUCAGGCUGGUGAGAGUCGACCAUGGGCGGCGGAGCGGCUCCAUCUACCUAUGCGGAGAGGGCAAGGAUGACACCUUUGCUGCCUGCGUGACCCUCCGUAGUCGCGACGACCGCUGUUGCACGAUUGACCUCUACACGACUGAGACUCCCCAGCCGCACCAGGAGGGCCCCCUCCGCUUCCCCCAGACACUGCAGCUGGCCCGUCAGCUGCUGGGCAAUGACGAACAGACGCUCUUUGGCGAUUUGGCGAUACAAGUGCGCGCCUUCGGCCCGCUGCCGAGGAAAGUUAUGGCGUUGAUGGCCGCGGGCAUGACAAAAGCACAAGCCUGGGCCACGGUUGCACCCUAGCAGGGAACAGGAGGAUGACAGCUAGGAGAAGGCAGGGACGGUGGGGCGAUUAACCUGACAGUGAAAGGGUCAAGCGAUGCGAAUCAUUUGACUCUCCACGAAUAGCCAAAUAGCUUGAUUGAAUGGCGUGUGUGAGGUCUGGUGUCACAUCCAUGUCGUUCUUGUCGAUGGCUGUGCCGCUGGCUGGUCGUGGAACAUGGG